GUGAGUCAAGAAGAAGGGGUGUAUUAUGAUCAGGAAAGGGAACUGAUACAGCGAAUGAGGGAAGGCAUCCAGAAUGGGCCUUGUCGUAUCGACGAAGAGACUGAGAAAGAAUUGCUAAUAGGGGAACCUGGCUUUCUGACAAGGCAAGAGGAGGACUUGGUGAAAGAACUGAUACGCGAAAAACAUGGGGCAUAUGCCUUCAACGAUGAUCAACGUGGGAGGUUGGAUGCGGACAAGAUAGAAAUGAUCCGCAUUUAUACUGUACCUCAUGAGCCAUGGAAUGUCCGAGGAGCUAAGUAUCCCAACCCCGAAGAUCUCAGAAGGGUGGUAGAGUACCUAGAUGGGAAGAUUCGCACAGAUGUGGCAGGGUACUCCAGUGAACCAUAUGCCUCUCCCUGGUUCUGUUUUGUAAAGCCAAAUGGGGUACUCAGAUCGGUGCAAGACCUCCAACGACUAAACGCGGUAACUGUAAGGGAUGCAAGAGGUUUGCCUAACGCCGACCAGUUGUCAGAAGCUUGUGCAGGAGAGCAUUGUCAACUUGUGUUUGACAAGGAAUAUUGCCUUGAUGAUGAUCUGACGCUCGUACCUGUCAUUGGCUUUUUCUCUAUGUGUAGGCGUGACCCCUGGAAAGAAGAGGCCAUGGCGCAGAGAGGAGCAGUGGCAGGGCCCUCUGGACCUACCUUGAGAAAGGGCGGGCAGAGGGGGGAUCAGAGAGUCUCAAGGAACCUGGAGGAGUUGCCCAUUUACGGGGAAGGAGACAGCCUGCAAAUUUUUUUGCGAGACCUUGAAGAAUACGCAUUCAGGAGAGAGUAUGGUGACGGGGAGAAGAUUGCGAAUGUGAGUGGGGCAGGAAUGUACAAGAGGAGAAUUGAAGGAGUGGUGGCAGGGUGCACGAGGUGGAAAGUAUGCAAGGAGAGGUUAUGGAAGGACAUGAGGGUCUUCCCAAGAGACGAUGUGGAGGAUGACUUAACGUUUGAUGAAACCAAUCUGGAGGACUUUAUCGAGAGCUUGCAGCUGGCCGCAGAGAGAGGUGAGUGGACCAAGGAGGCAAGGAAGAAACAACUGAUCGCAAGAUCAGAAAAGAGUGAAAAGGAGGAAGUUAAAGGAAUUGUGGAAGGGAGCCGAACCUGGAAGAGAAUAACAGCAGAAUUGUGGAUAGCCUACACCCAGGUCAGGCAAGAUCAAACAAUAAAAGAAAGGCUGCAAGAGAAGGGGCUAUGGAUUGGAAGAGAGGUGGUUGAGCCACAAGGGAAGGAGGCAGAAGAUGAAGAAGAAGAUAAUGUGCCUCUGAAGAGAUUGAAGAACAAGACGAGGGUCUCCCCCAAGAGCAGCAGCAAGGGAUCUGAGCAGGCCGAGGGGGAUGAACAGGAAGAGGAGGAGGCAGCAGAAGGGAGGAAAAAAAACAUGGGGGCAAGUAUGGUACCAAGAAAGAAGAAACUUGGAAACAGAAGGGCAAUUGAGAGUGGAAGGAAAGAGGUACAAGAAAGGGUGAGUGAAAGGGAGGAAGGAGUGAAGGAAGCUGGAGAGGGAAAGAAGGUCCAGGGAGGAGGCAAGGCACCCAAAGUCAAGAGAACUGAGGAAGAAUGAUCAAUUGGAGACAGAAAAGGGAAGAGGCAAGUGGGAUAAGAAGAAAUAAAUAUAAGAGGGAUGCCCAGGUGGAAAAGGUGAUAAGAGAUAUGGAAGAGAUGGGGGAGGAAAUGAAGGGGUUGAAGAAAGGGAAGGAGGAAUUACAGAAAGAAGUGAGCCAAUUAAGGGCCGCCCUGACUAUGAGCGAUAGAAAAUUGGAGAAUGAAGCGGCCACGAUAGG